AUGGACGAUACACCGCUGGAGGAACAUGGUUAUGCGCUACGAGUGCGACUCGUUGAACCGGAUCGCCGCGAGGAACCAUUGUGGAGAGUCGUUCGGGUGCCGACUACCAUCAGCUUCCAACAGCUCAACGUCAUCCUUUGCCGUGCUCUGGGUUGGGAGAAUGAACAGCCUUACUCGUUCAAGCUGUGGAGUGAAGACGAUGACCAACCUGUGGAGGUUCUGGUACGUGAACCGGACGAGGACAAAGGCUGGGAGCAGCCUCAUGGACUUCAUUGGAACUGGAAAUGCAGUAAGAAUAGGAAUAUGUCGCAGGUGUUCGAAGGAAGCCGGAUCUGGCCGGAGGCGCCAGAGCAGAUUGACUACACCUUGUAUCUGGACGGGGACUGGGAACACACCAUACACUAUCUUGGCGUUAUAGACGUGCCAUUCCCGGAGCGUCCUGGCCAAGAAGUGUUCUGUGCUUCUGGAUGGGGGUUCCCUCGAGUGGAAGAUUUCUACGAUUCUAACGAAGCGGCGCAGCUGAGCUGGUGGAGAGAUGAACUCGAUCUCGAGAAUGUCAACAAUGCUCUUCGCGGCUGGUGUUGUCGUUAUUUCCGCACGAAUCAGAACAGAGGAAGCCAGAGAGUCGUGAUGGAACGAGAACGACCAUCGUUCCUUAGUCGCACGCUGGAAUGA